UGUUAUCUUAUAGUAAUGCCAUUUCGCUUUUCAACACAUUUUGUUCUAGUCCAAAGUUUCUCCACCUCUUGAGUUCUCUAAUUCUCUCUUUGUUUCCUGGGAAUUCUGAUCAAAUCGUUAAUGGCAAGGAGGAGUAACAAGAACAUACAAGCCAAGCUGGUACUUCUUGGGGACAUGGGAACAGGGAAAACAAGCUUGGUUUUGAGAUUCGUCAAAGGCCAAUUUUCUGAUUAUCAGGAAUCCACAAUUGGAGCCGCCUUCUUCACUCAGGUUUUGUCUCUAAACGAGGCCACCAUUAAGUUUGAUAUAUGGGACACAGCAGGUCAGGAGAGAUACCAUAGUUUGGCUCCUAUGUACUAUCGUGGUGCCGCAGCUGCCGUUGUGGUCUACGAUAUUACGAGCUCGGAGUCCUUUGAGCGUGCAAAAAAAUGGGUUCAGGAACUGCAAAGACGAGGAAAUCUGAAUUUGAUAACGUUCUUGGUAGCAAACAAGGUUGACUUGGAAGAGAAGAGAAAAGUGGGAAAUGAGGAAGGUGAGCUAUAUGCAAAAGAAAAUGGCAUGAGUUUCCUCGAAACAUCCGCAAAGACUGCACAGAAUGUCAACGAACUCUUUUACGAAAUAGCAAAGAGGUUGGCAAAAGCUACUCCUUCUCGUACGACUGGAAUAAAAUUGCAUAUCCAACCGCAAGAAAGCGGAAGAAGGCUCUUCUGUUGCUCCUGAUGACAUGAAGGUUUGCUGUAUACAUGUCACCGAAACUGAAGAUUAAGCUGUUAUCUAGUGGAAUUUGCUUCGAUGAAUAUCGGCUGUAUGUAUACUGUUGAAACACAAAACAGCUUUUGUCUCUCUUUUUUUCCAACUUUAUUGUCAAUUUCAAGUGCCGUCAUUUUAUGUUAGGAGAUGAUCAUGGAACUCCGAAUGAAUAAAGGUUCGCU